GGCCUUUGGCGUUCCGAUUGGCUGACGUCGAUGGGCGGGGGUUAAGCGGGGCGAUUUGAAUUUGAAGCCAACAGGCCUAAACAACCUGCAGGAUAGUAGCCGCAGACCAGUAGAGACCUUCGGUUUUGUGGAGCUGGUCGUCAGCAUGUCCUUCCCUAAGGCGCCCCUGAAACGAUUCAAUGACCCUUCUGGAUGUGCACCAUCCCCAGGUGCUUAUGAUGUUAAAACUUCAGAAGUAUUGAAAGGACCAGUAUCCUUUCAGAAGUCACAAAGAUUUAAAAAGCAAAAAGAAUCACAGCAAAAUCUUAACGUUGACAAAGAUACUACCUUGCCUGUUUCAGCAAGAAAAGUCAAGACUUCAGGAUUAAAGAAGGAAUCUCAGAAGAAUGAUAAAGAUUUGAAGAUGUUGGAAAAAGAGAUCCGCAUUCUUGUGCAGGAGCGUGGGGCUCAGGACAGGAGGAUCCAGGAUCUGGAAGCUGAGUUGGAGAAGAUGGAAGCCAAGCUAAACGCUGCCGUCAGAGAAAAAACAUCUCUGUCUGCAAGUAACGCUUCACUGGAAAAACAGCUUCUUGAAUUAACCAGGACUAAUGAGCUCCUAAAAUCUAAGUUUUCUGAAGAUAAUAACCAGAAGAAUUUGAGAAUUCUAAGCCUUGAGUUGAUGAAACUGAGAAACAAAAGAGAAACCAAGAUGAGGAGCAUGGUGGCUAAACAAGAAGGCAUGGAGGUGAAGCUGCAGCUCACCCAGAAGAACCUCGUGGAGUCUCAGGAGAAAAUAGUACAACUUGAAGGGAAACUUGUUUCAAUAGAGAAAGAAAAGAUUGAUGAAAAAUCUGAAACAGAAAAGCUCUUAGAAUACAUUGAAGAAAUAAGUUGUGCAUCAGAUCAAGUGGAAAAAUACAAGCUAGAUAUUGCCCAGUUAGAAGAAAAUCUGAAAGAGAAGAAUCAUGAAGUUUUAAGCCUUAAGCAGUCUCUUGAGGAAAAUAUUGCUAUAUUGUCUAAACAAAAGCUCAUCAGGUAAUAUAACUACAGCAUUGUUAAUAUUUUUCCUUUUCUAGAAGACCUCAUCAAUAGGAACAGAGAACGGGAUGAAAAUCUAAAUUCUGAGAUACAAAGCUUAAAACAGAGGUCUAUUCUUGAAAAACAAGAACAUGAAGAGCUACAACAAAAAGUAUUGCAAAUGGAUUCACUUCUGCAACAAGAGAAGGAAUUAUCUUCUGGUCUUCAGCAGAAGCUAUGUUCUUUUCAAGAAGAAAUGAUUAAAGAGAGAACUCUCUUUGAGGAAGAAUUAAAGCAAGCCCUGGAUGAGCUGGAUAAAUUACAGCAGAAGGAGGAACAAGCUGAAAACCUGCUUAAGCAACUGGAAGAGGAAGCAGAAUCUAGAGCUGCAGAACUAAAACGCCUCGAAGAAAAGCUGAAAGGGAAAGAAGCCGAACUGGAGGAAAGUAAUGCUGCUCAUACUCAGGCCACCUUGCUUUUGCAAGAAAAACAUAACAGUACAGUGCAGAACCUGGAAGAUGUUACUGCUCAAUUUGAAAGCUAUAAAACAUCAACAGCAAGUGAGCUAGAAGAUCUUAAGGUGCAGAAUGAGUCACUUAAGGAAAAACUGGCCAAGGCUGAGCAAAGUGCAGAGGAUGCCCAAGAUCAGAUAUUGGCAACUGAGAACUCAAAUCAAGAAUAUGCAAGGAUGCUUCUAGAUCUGCAGACCAAAUCAGCACUUAAAGAAGCAGAAAUUAAAGAAAUUACAGUUUCUUCUCUUAAAAGAAUAACUGAUUUACAGAACCAACUCACGCAACAAAGCGAAGACUUUAAGAAACAACUGGAAGAGGAAGAAGCAAGAAAAACUGGAAAAGAAAACUCAGUAGCAGAAUUAACUGAGGAAAUGAAUAAGUGGCGUCUCCUCUAUGAAGAAUUAUAUAAUAAAACAAAGCCUUUUCAGCUACAACUGGAUGCAUUUGAAGCAGAGAAACAGGCUUUGUUGAAUGAACAUGGUGCGGCUCAGGAACAACUAAAUAAUUUAAGAGAUUCAUAUGCUAAAUUAUUGGGUCAUCAGAAUCUAAAGCAAAAAAUCAAGCAUGUUGUGAAAUUGAAAGAUGAAAAUAGCAAUCUCAAAUCGGAGGUGUUAAAACUCCGUGCUCAGCUUACGAAAAGAAAACAAAGUGAAGCAAAACUUCAGGAGGAACUGAAUAAAGUUCUAGGUAUCAAACACUUUGAUCCUUCAAAGGCUUUUCUUCAUGAGAGUAAAGAAAAUUUUGUUCCCAAAACUCCAUUAAAAGAAGGCAAUACAAACUGCUCCUGAGCUCGUAGUGGAGUUUCGAGAAUCAUGCAAGUAAACAUCUGAAAAACCUGUUGAGGACUAUUUUUUCUUACUAUGUUUUUUAUUAUUAUUAUUGCUUACUAUUGUGUUUAUAAUAUUUGUUAAUCUCUUAUUUAAUACUAACUUCCUGUCCUUACAUAUGUGAUAGGAAGUUUGACUGUUUUUACCAGUGUUCUCUGACAUUCUAGUUACUCUUGUCAGUACUUCCUCCUUGAUACUCACCCUUAUUACCUCAUUCUAAAUGUUCUGACGCUUUCCAGCUUUGCUCACUCAUCCCAUGAAAUCAAUAGUCUUUUAAAAAUCAUUCUCAUACUAUCAUUUCCCUAUUCUGAAACCUUAGGUUCUUUUUUAGUUUGAUGCUGAAGACCUUUUCUAGUCUGAACGUCUUAUGCUAGGCUAAAACACCUUGGCUUGUUCUUGCCUCUACUUUAAUUCUCCUAAUAAUGUUCAUUCUGUCCCACCCAUCAUCUGUUUAUCCAGUUCAAAUAAGAAAUAGAGGCAAGCUUUUUUCCAUAGUUAUCUCUUACCAAAGCCACUAAGUUGGUUAAUAAUUUGCAGAUUUCUAGACCCCAUCCCAGACCUCUUAAAUUACAAUCUGUGGUUUGGUCUAGAAAUCUGCUUUUUUUUUUUCUUUCAUAAACAGCAGUUAAUCCUUAGAAACUCUGCUUGUAACCUCUUUUUUGCCCCACCACACACCAAGUGUGGGAUCUUAGUUCCUGAUCGGGGAUCGAACCCAUGCUCCCUGCUUUGGGAACACGGAGUCACAACCACAGGACUGCUGGGGAGGUCCCUGCUCAUAACCUCCUUAGAGAACUUGUCUAGCUGCUUGACAUCUGCCUGAUUGCUGGGUGUUUGAUUAAUAUUUAUGUAUCAUGAAAUAAAAUUACAUGUCACUGACCCAAUUAUACAACUUCUAUUAUAUGAAAUCACAUUAAUUCUUCUAUUUAAGACGCAUUUAUUGUCUCUGCCCUCCUCUCCCUAUAUUGUCUCCAAAAUCACUAACGGUAUUAAUAGUAUACUACUUAGAAAGUGGUCAUUCUCCACCUAAAAUACCUGAUCUACACAGUUGGUAUAUUACAAGCCCACUUUUUGUCAUGUUUCUCCAUUGAUGGACCAACAGAGACUAUUUUAAUCAGGAUAACUUGUCUUAAUUAUUUAAUUAGAUCUUAAUAUAUAGUUAAGUUCAAAGGAAAUGUAGAAAUUAGAAAAACCGUCUAAUAAAAUGGAAUCAUUCAAGAGUUCUGCUUUUAGCCAAGAUG